GUCGAAUCGUUUCAGCGGCACCGGCGCCGCGUUUCACCUCCAUCUUGAUUUCUCGUAAAGCGACCCACCCAGCAGCAGUGUCACAGUAGUACGCUGUGCUCUCGUAUACGGCGGAAGAUCGAGCUAAGCCAGGAAUCAUUACGAGAGGAAUCCAAACGACACAUCGUGCGGGAGUUUUACGAACAGUCAAUCAAGGAAGAAAGAUGAAGGGGAUGCUGGUGCCCGCACUGCUGGGCGUCUUGAUGGUCUGCCGGGUUCAAGCGGUGUCGGAGAGGCUCGAGUUGGCACCAGCUGGAGGAAGAUCAGAGCCGCAAGUUGCCACAUUGUGCGAGGCUGGAGAGGUGUAUCUGGCACAGCACAUGGGAGAACAGGGACGCUGGGUCUCCUCGACCGACAAGAAGAGUUGCAUGACGGACAAGCUGGAGAUUCUCGAAUAUUGCAAGAAGGCUUACCCGAAAAGAGACAUCACCAACAUCGUAGAGUCGUCGCACUAUGUAAGGGUGAGCGGAUGGUGCAAGCCAGGAAGAACCAAAUGCAAAUUGUCACGUUGGGUCAAGCCGUACAGAUGUCUCGAGGGGCCGUUCCAAAGCGACGCUUUGCUCGUUCCGGAAGGCUGCCUGUUCGACCACCUUCACAAUCAGACGAAAUGCUGGGAAUCUCACAGGUGGAAUGCGACCGCAGCAGACACCUGCAGAGAGAGGAAUAUGAAUCUGAGGAGCUUUGCAAUGCUGUUGCCCUGCGGAAUAUCCUUGUUCUCUGGCGUCGAAUUCGUGUGCUGUCCGAAACACCUCAAAGAAAAUUUGAAAGCCAAAAAACCGAUCGACUUGCCGAUUCCAAAGGGUGUGGACGAAGAUCUCGACGAAGAUGAAGACGACCUUGAAGACGAUGAUGGUUUGGAUACUGAUGCAGAUGAUGAAGAUGAUUCUGAAGCUGAUCCCGAAGACGGACUCAAUGAUCAACCUGAUGAUGAUGAAAGUGACGAGGAAUAUCUCAACGAUGAUUACAAUUACGACACUACAACAAGUCGAUUAUCAACAACAGUUUCAACCACGGAAAAACCGAAACAAGACGUAACUGCAAUGCCAUUGCCAGUUAGUACCAGCACACAACAAUCUUCGCAGUCACAGAGCACACCGGAUCCAUAUCUAACUCAUUUCGAUCCUCGUUCUGAGCACCAGAGCUACAAGCAAGCACAAAUGAGACUCGAAGAGGUGCACAAGGAGAAAGUAACAAAAGUGAUGAAGGACUGGAGUGAUCUCGAGGAAAAGUAUCAAGAUAUCCGUGCCCACGACCCAGUUGCUGCUGAUGCUUUCAAACGAUGGAUGACCGCGCGAUUCCAGGAAACUGUUGCUGCUCUAGAAGAGAGCGGUGCCGCGGAGAAACAUCAAUUAAGCGCUAUGCAUCAGCAAAGAGUACAAGAAGCUGUUAAACAAAGGAACGAAGAAGCGAUGUCAUGUUAUACAGCUGCUUUGAACGAGACACCACCAAAUAUGCAUCGCAUUCAAAAAUGUCUCCAAAAGUUGCUUCGUGCUCUUCACAAAGAUAGGCAUCAUACUAUUGCUCAUUACAAACAUCUGCUGGACAGCAGUUUGGAACAAGCUCAACGUGAGAAACCAGCAACGUUGGAGCACUUGGCGGAAAUCGAUAGAAUCACCAAUCAGAGCCUGUUGAUGUUAGAACGGUAUCCUGAUUUAAGCGCAAAAAUUGGCCGCCUUAUGGAUGAUUACGUUUUGGCCCUCAGGAGCAAAGAUGAGACUCCUGGACUGCUGUUAGCGAUGACACGAGAAGCGGAAGCAGCCAUUUUAGAUAAAUAUCAGGCCGAUGUUACCAGUAAGCAACAAGAAAAAGAGCAUCAAAAACAACUGGAACGAGUACGCAAGGAGCAACGCAAAGCUGAACGUGGUGAAUUACGUACAGAACAAGCACAACAAGAAGAAAGCGAUUCGAUAAAUGAUAACAAAGAUAUUCAACAACAACCGGAGCAACCGGCAGCUAUGCACAGCGAAGGACUUGUUAGGGCAGCUCAUAGUUUGACACAUGACAUUUCCCAUUCUGAACCGGGUUACUCUGUAAGAAGGGAGAUGUAUCACAGAGAAAGUCGAUCUGUCUACUUUACACUUGCAUUUGCUGGAAUUGCACUUAUGGCUGCAGCAGUAGUAGGUGUAGCAGUAUUCAAAAGGCGCAGUGCAAGAAGCCCUCAUAGUCAGGGAUUUAUUGAAGUUGAUCAAGCGGCCACACCAGAGGAGCGGCAUGUUGCAAACAUGCAAAUCAAUGGAUAUGAAAAUCCUACAUAUAAAUAUUUCGAGAUCAAAGAAUAAUUUAAUCACCUCGGUCUACAAGAGAUUUUAUUUGAAAUUGAUCUUUAAUUGUCCGUUCUCGCGUAUGUUCUUCAAGAAUCUCAUAGUAUUUUGUUAGUGUAAGAUAUCUUUCAGGUUCGAGGUUCUUCCGAAGAUUCCGAAAAUAUAUUUAAAAAAAAAAAAAAAAAAAAUCUAUGUCUUAGUGAUAUAUGGAAUAAAAUCUGUCCAUAGACGAAUAGGUAUUGCGAUACGAUAUCAUUAUGUGUCACGUCUCUUUAUAAUAACUCGCGACUCGUUAUACGAAAAUAUAACGAUUAUUAUGAUAUAUGUAUAAAGCAAUUUUCAUAUAACAUCUAGUAGAUAGAAAUGUUAUGAGUCGAUUCAUACUGCUCGUAUCAGAAUUAUCUACAAGACAAUUCGAAAGGGAAACAACAUGCCAAUGUGCCAUAUUAUGGGAAGGGCGUAAUGUUGUCUUCGGAAGUAUCUCAUACACGUUGUUUUCGUUUGUCAUACAUGUUAUUAUUAACAAAAUAAAUAAACAAAUAAACACAGGAAGGAGCGCUCAUAAUGAUGACGACAACAAAUCUAAAAGAAAGAAAGAAAGAAAGAAAGAAAAAAAAAAAGAAUCAUCACUCAUUAAUGUUAUAUACGCGAUAUCCUUCAAUUAGAAGGCUGUGGACUAUGAUCAAUUACGGACAUUGUUUUUUCAGCAAUAGAAAUAUGCGUUAAAAAGAAAACGUAUUCUCGUGAUGACGCAUUCAUAAUAUAAUGCGUGCUGUUGCGCUCUUUGCUGUAUAUUUCUAAGUUCUGAUAUUUUUCGAGAUAGUAAAUGGCAAUAAUAAGUAAAUGCAGCUUAUAAAUAAUACAAUGAAAAUAAGAAAAAGAAAAAAAAAUGUUAGCAGCGGUAGCAGCUUACACGGUAUAAAAAAUAUAAUCCGAUUUAAAAGAAAAAAAAAAAAAGAAAAAGAAAAAAAAAACAUGAUAAGCAUAUUACAUAGCACUGUGCAAAAGUGUAUGCUCUACGAUAUGCUCUUAAAAUAUCAGAACGGCGAUUAAUGCACGUUCACCUUCGUGAUUGCAGCUGUUUUUUCAUCUCCGUUCGAUUCCCACUGCCUGAUUUUUUCAGCGACCUUUUCAGUACUUAACGUCUACUCUUAGAUUAUACAACUUUAUACUUAUAAGAAAUUGAAUCAUGAAUCGUAUCUAAAGUUAUUAUGAGAAGCAAGAUAUUUUAUCAUUCCAUAACAAAUGUCCACUAUCUUAUCGAGGUGCUGCCCGAAUGUAUGCACGGAAAAUAUUCGGUAGCUUUGUUCGAUUCGGUUCGAGUUAUCGUCACGUGUUUCGUAAUGAAAACGGACGAAUCGAAAGAAUCACGCCGAGGUUGCCGAAUAAGAGGAACAGUUCAACACAGGAGUUUUUUUGAGUGGCAUUAGUACCUCAGAUUUAGGUCGAAUAAGUGGCGAAUGUUAAAAGCAAGCGUGUUUCUGUCUUUUUUUUUUUUUAUUUCACCAAUUUUUUUUUCUCUCUCUCUCUCUCAAAAGAUGGUUCAUACAAUAACUAUCUUAGGAUUAUUAAUUAUAUAUGAUGACGAUAAUAUAUUACACGUUUAAUGCUUAUAUAUUUGUAUAUGGUCAAAAGAUAGUAGGCUGCGCUUUAACCAGGGUCGCGUGGGAAAGCAUAGCUUUCGUUUGUUUUAAUAAAUAUUGCACGUUUUUUUUUUAUUUAUAUUAUAUUUCUUUGUAACAAAAAAUUAAUUGUAUUAAUACAUACAUAUAUAUAUAUAUAUAUAUAUAUAUACAUAUAUAUACAUACAUAAAUUUGAUAAGUGUUAUAUGUAAUUAUAACAAAGAAUAACAAUUAAUUUUAGUCGCGCAAGUGUUAUGUUAAUUAACGAUGGUUUAAUUAAUGUUUUUAUUUAGAUCACUAUUUAUAUAUCAAAGAAUUAUAUUUUCCUUCCCACUUUCUCUUUAUUACAAUAAAAUCAUUUGUUUUAUUAUGUUAAUUUUGCUAAAAUAAAUUAAACGAAUGCGCAAACCGAGGACAUUGAACAAUAAUCCUUGGAUUCCUAAGCGCACGUGAAGCAGCUGCCUUCCUAUUUAGCGAGCAUAGUAGUAGACUGUCUCACGCAACUCCGGUGGAAGAACGAGCCAACGAGAAAAGUAUAUACACAGGCACACACAUUCGCGCAUCGCUGAGUGUUAAAAAUAUUAUUUUAGAUAUAUUAAAAUGAUAGCAAUUAACCAUAUGUCUAUGAGAGAUACAACAAAAGCAUAGCAUCGAUGCGUUAAUAAUAAUAUAAAUAUCUAUAUAUAUAUAUAUAUAAAUAUAUAUGUUCAUGUGUGUAUGUGUGUGUGUGUGUGUGUAAUAUAUGAACAAUAUAUAUACAUAGAUAUAUAUAUACAUAUGCAUAUACAUGUACACCUAUCAAAUUAACUAUACAUUAUGUACCUAUAGCAUAUAGUCGUUAAAUGAGAAGAAGAAAAAAAAACAUUGACACGUCGCGUAAUAAAAAAAAAAAAAAAUUUGACUUGAUACGGAUUCACAGAUGUUGAUGAAGAAAACAUGUUGUUGUCUCUAGAAAAAGAAAAAAAAGAAAAAAAAACGCAAAAUUACUAUUCUUCUUUUUUUUUUAAUUGUAAUAAUCAUUCCAAUUAUAAUUUUCACUUAAUGUAAAAUAAAAUAAAAAAAAGAACGAAGAUGGUACGCGAUCAUAUGACAAUUGGCCUACGUUGGCGGAUGUGCUGUUGUUUAUCAUAUAUUAUAUUUGUCAAAAAAUAUGAUGCGAAUAGCACCUGUAAUGCUUGCCAAAUUUAUCUCGUGUACCAUCUUUUAAAUAACAUAAUUAUAAAAAAAUUUGGAUUGAUAAUAACAAAAAUUUAUACACGUCAAAAAGAAAAAAAGAAUAUCCAAUUCGAAUGAAAUUUUAAUAAAAGAAUACUCGACCAGCAGCAUACGAAAACAUAUCUUAUUUCGAUUAUAAUUGUAUUGAGAUAAUGACCAAAGAAUUUAAAGAAAGAUUAAUCAACAAUCUUUGAAAACUGGAAUCGUAUCAGUUUUAAUCUGUUUUAACUAUAGAGCAUCCAUGUCAUUUUUUCACUUCAAGAUAUUGUGAAUUUGCAUCGAGUCACUUUGUAUAAGUUUAAGAAUUGAUUUUUGUAAAGAGGUAAUAAAUAUUUACCGUAAUUAAUUAAACUUUAGCUUAAAGAAGAAAGAAAAAUAAAUGGAAAAAAGACACGUGAGAAGUGAGGAAAAGAAAGAAGAAAGAAAUAAGAAUGAAGGAAUAAAAGAAAAAAAAAUAAUACGUCCUUUGCGUAGCGGUUCGGAUUUAGAAGUUGGCGAAAAUGGGAAUAAUAACGGAACUAAACUUUAUUUUUGCAGUUCUUUCGGUAUAGAUCGAUUCUUACGAUUUUAUCGCGUCUUUGAUGAACUUUAAUAUCGUAACAAUGAUGAGAUAUAAGAAUCCGAUUGUACGUGCAAUAUAUCAAUACUCGUGUAUUUACACGCCUAUACACAGCGCUAUAUAUAGUUUUCGAUCUUACGUCUUACGCAUUCGUUAAUAUUUAAAACAAAGUGGCUUUAUGUUUAAAUCAAAGUUCAACCCGAUAUCAUCAUAUUUUUGUUACAUUAUUCAUUAUUAUUUUAAUUAUCGUCAAUUGAAUUACUUGAUUAAUAAUAAAAUAUUUGGUUUUGUAUAAACCGGAUUGAAUGACGCAAGAUGAAUUUAAUCAACAUCGGAUUAGAUAAAAAUUGAUAUAUUUCAUAAAUAUUGCCCAUUUGGUCGAAAAUAAAAAUACACAAAUAAUAGAAAAUGAUAAUACGCAAUCUAAAUCGAAGAAAGAUGAUGAAUUUUUUAAGUUGCUUUUAAUUGUAGGAUCGGAAACUUCACGUUUACUAUAAAAUAUUUCUAUGACGGAUAGAAAAAUUACUAACCGGAGAAUUAAACUAACUUCCUCGUCUCCCUCUUUCUCUCCAUUACACAAGAAUUUCUCCUCGCCACUCACAAAUUUUAUCGCAUUAAUACACUCCGUGAAAAGAACGUAUUGUGUUUGUGGAUAUAUGUAAUUUUACUUAUCAAUAAAUAAAUUACAAAGAUAA